AUGUCUUCUCUUAAGCAGACUCUCCUCCAGACAAGCGGCCUUCUGGCUGCUCUAGCUGCGACGGACAGCACGAACGUCAGCGUGGUGACAACAGACACUCUUGUCAUCGGCGGAGGUGCUGGAGGAGCGCAUGCUGCAGUCCGACUUACGGAUUAUGGCCAAGAUGUGAUUCUCGUCGAGAGACAACCAAUUCUGGGCGGUGCUGUAGACAGUUUUACGGACCCGACCACGGGAAAAACGUACGACAUUGGCGUUGGGGACUUCACAGAUUAUGGAAAUAUCACAGGCUUCUUUGGUCGCUUCAAUGUUCCAAUCACAACUCCAUCUCAGUCGGCUUCCUCAGCUGCUCCUAGGCGUGUCGACUUCUCCACUGGUCAAGUGCUCACCAAUUACACUGGGCCAUCCACAGCCGACGUUCAUGCUGCACUGCAGCGGUAUGCCACUGCUGCGGAACAGUACGAGGAUAUUCUAGUUCCCGGGUACUGGAAUUUUCCCAAUGCAAGCGACAUCCCCGAGGAUUUGCUGAUGAACUUCGGGGCCUUUGUCGAGAAAUACAAUAUCUCCGACGCUUUACCUACCAUUUUCCAGAUUGCUGGAGCAAUGGGCCGCAUCGUGGAUAAGGAGGUCCUGCCGGUGAUGCGAGCUUUCCCAGCACAGACGGCACGAACGGUUUUGGGUACGCAGAAAUCAUACGUCACUGCAUCAGGGCGCAACCAGGAUCUCUAUGAUGCAAUAGGUCGAUUCCUGGGUAACAAAGUGUAUUACAACACUCAAGCCAUCAGCUCGGUACGCUGCGAUGCCGGUGUCGCCGUGACAGUCCAGGACAUCAACACUGGAGUGCAAACUAUCAUCCAGGCCAAGAAUCUCGUCCUCGGCAUCGCCCCUGAUGCUUCCAAGUUCCCCAUCUUCGACUUUGAUGACCAGGAGCUUAGCGUUUUCAGCAAGCUCCAGUACACACGCGAGCACGUCUUCAUCGCGUCCAGCCCGUCAUUGGACACCAAUGUCAGCUUGGCCAAUCUUCCGAUCCAGGCAAACGACAACAGCUUCACACACUACCCAGACUACAACUUCACAGGCUCUAUCUCUAGGCUGGCCCCUGGCUCCAGUCUCUUUCACACCUCCGUCGUGGGGGAUAAACUGCUGGGCCCUGAUGACGCCAAAGCCAAGCUCAACAAUGACGUCCAAACAUUGAUUGGAUCUCACAACCUGCCAGCCAGCAGCCAAGAGCAGCUCGACUUCCAAUUCGUCUCCGACCAUGGAUUCAUGCACGGUCGGGUGACAGCAGACGACUACAGGGCUGGCUUCAUCCAGGAUCUCCAAGCUCUCCAAGGCCGGCGAUCCACCUGGUACACAGGCUCUCUCUUCGCAGCAAAUUGGCAGACCAUCCUAUGGGAGUACAAUGAAGUGCUGGUGCCAAAGAUUGUGGGUGCGUAA